GAUUUGACGUACCAGAGCAGCAGAGGCUAAAGCGGAUAGCCAAACAAGAGGCACAAUAUUUUGCUACACCUCAAAGCAGCCAUGCACAAAGUGUCGGAAACGGAUCUCCGCGGUGUUGUCGAUUUUGAGGAGUAAUAUUCUCUCAUUCGUCCAGUGUCAGUUGUCGAUGAACUUCUAGCGACUAUUAGGCGCUGUAAAAGGAAACAAUAAUAAUCAAACGGCACGGAAGGAACACAAACACACAAGAAAAGCGUCUGCUCUACCCUUUUUCAUCCAUGCAUGUCUCAACAUUAGAGGUUUAAACACCAUGUCCUGCUCUGGCAACCUCAUUUGGGAUGUGCGAAAACGCACUAUUGGAUGCACAGAUCCAUAUGCGGUCAGGACAAAUUAUUUAGGCAGAAGAGAGUUCGUGCAACGACUGAAGCUCGAAGCCGUUCUCAGUGUGCACGAUGGAUGUGACAUUUUGAUUAAUUGCCGGAGAGCCGCGACCUCAAUAUCCAUUUGCCCCCUGGUCCCCUACUAUCUCGCUGUGGGCUGCUCAGAUAGCUCAGUGAGGAUCUAUGACAGAAGAAUGCUGGGAACAAGAGCUACAGGUAACUACAUGGGCAGAGGGACGAUCGGCAUGUGUGUACGUUUCGUCCCAGCGCACCUGUCCACCAAAUCCUGCCGCGUCACCUCUCUGUGUUACAGUGAAGAUGGACAAGAAGUGCUGGUCAGUUACUCCUCUGACUACAUCUACCUGUUUGACCCCAAAGUUGACCAGGCCAGGGAGCUCAAGGGCCCUUCUGAAGAGCGGCGAGAGGAGCAUGUAUUCCGUUACUCCCCAACCCUGAUUAUUAAGAAAUUUGUUGUCUUUGCAGGAGAGCAGAGUCCAAAUGUAUCACUCAUGCAGAGGAUGUCGGACAUGUUGUCACGCUGGUUCGAGGAGGCUAGUGAGGCCCAGAGCAGCAGACCACGUCCUCAAACUCGACCCAGAGGUACGUCAGCUCGACCAGAAGGGACAUUUGCGACCUCAGAAACACACACUCGGGCACAGGAGCCCACUGAGGUCUCAGCUGAAGGAACGAUGGAGGUGGAGACACCCUCCUCUGAUCCUCCACCUACACCUGCUGCUCCUCCUGCACCUGCAGAGCCUCUCCCCAAGUCUAUCUCCUGUUCCUCCUCAGGCUCCUCCUCCACUGUGACAGCCCCUGCCCCCUCCAGUUCAUCCUCCAUGGAAAGUGCUGCCGCCUCCUCUCUCCUCUCCUCCCCAGACACAGAGCAGAGGAGCCAGGAUGAAGUUACGCCCACUCCAUCGGCCACGCCCACUCCUUCAGCCACACCCACCCCAUCUAGAGAGGCAGCUUUAUCUGAAUAUGGUCCUCGCAGGCUGCCGGUAAGUUUAGUGUGUAGACGUUUGCAGAGACUGCUUCUCUUGUCUGACCCCCCUGGACAGGGCAGACGCUCAGUCCCUUCUGUACCUGCGACCUCCAGCCCAGAGAGCUCAGCCCAACAGGCUGCUGCUGCUGACGCGUGCCCCCCUGCAGAUUCUCCCUCAUCUGUGGUAAACAAACAGCUUGGAUCCAUGACUCUGGAUGAGGAGCAGGGUGCUAAAAGAGGUGCAGAAGCAGCAGGACAUGUAAUCAGUGAUCAAAAUACAGGUGUCAGUGAAGCUUCCCCAGACACUACAGAAACUGUGCUAUCCACAUCAGCGCCUUCACUUGGCACCAGCCCUGGCAACAGCAGUGGGAGCGGCAGCACUCCUCCAGGGCUUGGGCGGACUGGCACGGCAGAACCGGUCCUUAGUCUGCACUACAGCACUGAAGGCACCACCACUAGCACCAUCAAACUGGAUUUCACGGAUGAAUGGAGCAGUCCAACGUCCGGUGUCAAAGGCAGCAGUGGAGGACAUAAGCCUGGGGAGGUGGGUGAGAGCCAGACCAGAGAGGAGCCCACAGGACAAACCUCAGAGCAAAGUUCAAGCUCACCCUCAGAGAGUCAACCCACACCCGAUGGGGGCCAAACUGCAGACAGUGGCACAGAAAAGACCUCCAUCAGCUCUCAAAACAGCACACCACUGGCGGCACCACCAGAGGGCCUGUCUACUGAAGACACGGCUCGUCCCAGCGCUCCUUCAGAGGAGCUCCAGGCUGCUGGUUCGGGGGAGCUGAGUGAGCGGUGCAGGAGGAGCGAGACCGCAGGAACGGGUGGUCAGGGUUCGACUCAACCAUCCCGCAAUCAGGACUCUGAUGACAGCGACGACGACCCCAUCCUUAUCCCUUCAGCCAGGUACAGAGGAGGGCCGGGACAGAGAUUUAAUUACAGAGGAUCAGCUGUAGGUGAUAGGAUGAUAAGACGCUCCGCCGCGGCUCGGAUUCAGGAGCUGUUCCGCAGGAGAAAAGAACGGCGAGAGAUGGAAGAGAGUGAAACUCAGAAUAUCAGGAGACCCUCUGUCAAGAUGAUGUACAAGGGCCACCGCAACUCCAGGACCAUGAUUAAGGAGUCGUGUUUCUGGGGGAAUAACUUUGUGAUGAGCGGCUCGGAUUGUGGCCAUAUCUUCAUCUGGGACAGACACACGGGAGAGCACCUGAUGCUGCUGGAGGCCGACAACCAUGUGGUCAACUGUCUGCAGCCUCACCCUUAUGACCCCAUUCUUGCUUCAUCUGGAAUUGACUAUGACAUCAAGCUGUGGUCGCCUUUAGAACAGUCACUGUCAUUUAACAGAGUCCUUGCCGAAGAGGUGAUUGCUCGUAAUGAGUUAAUGCUGGAAGAGACGAGGAACACCAUCACCGUUCCUGCUUCCUUCAUGCUCCGAAUGCUGGCAUCAUUAAAUCACAUCAGAACAGACCGUGUGGAGGGUGAUCGUUCAGAAGGCUCUGGACAAGAGAACGAGGAUGAACAGUAGCCCUCCUGCUACAAGUGAAUGGUUUUUAUGCUACAGUGCACUUGAGCAUUUGAGAUUUGUACAAGUUACAAAAUAGAGUAUUUCCUUAUUAGUUCAGUUUUUGGCAUUAUUAUUUUUUAAUGAGACUUUUCUUACCAAUUACUCUAUAUGAGAGUAAACCGCGUCUGGGGAGUUUAUGCAAACAAGAUGAUAUGUAAGAAAUCGAAAGAUGUGACUGGACUGGACAGCUGGUGUUUGAGAGUAUUUAAGUGCAAUAUUAAUUUGUUAAAUCAAACGGUUGAGCUUUGAGCGGUGUUAAGUGUGAAAUCUUAUUGUAGCCUCAAAUGAAGAACUCAGAUGUUUGUAUACCAGGAAUUAUGCAUGUCAAGCUUGAGUUUGCUAAAAACAUAUUCUCCAUGUCUUUACCAAUGUUGUGUAUAAAAAUGGCUCUUUUUUUUGACAUUACUAAAUCUUGCGUUGCACAGGGAUCUUCUGCCUAACCCCAAUUUACAGGUACUACUUGCAAUAUCUCAUUAUCCAAAACAGCCAAUACUCAUUGUUACACUGCAGAAUUUUUAUAAAAGUUUAUUAAAAUGAGAACUGUUUUUGACUCCGUCUAUACAUACAACCCACUGCUGUCUAGCCAAAUGGUUCUAGCGUUAGUUGGCAGGUCGUGCUUCUCUCUCCUAACAGCACAGAUGGCCUUUGUUGUGGCAGCUGUUGACUUGAGCAUUCUGCUAAGUGACUAGUGAUUGCUGGGAAAAGCUAAGAUGAAAUAUCUCCUCGUCUAUUAGCAUGCCAUUCUAUGCUAAACUCAUUCAGCACUGUUAAGGAAUGCAAGCCAUCUUUUUAAAUGUUUGUCCACAAAUUUUCAGAUCGAGAUCCGGUUCCUUUUCAAACCAUGUACCAGAGGACAGUUUAAACAUUAAAUGUGUUGUGAUUCAAACAAAACAUGACUGAAAGCUUGAGUACCCAUAAAAAAAAUUAUUAACAGUACUAAUAAAAAUAAA